AUGAGCGCCCCGAGAACAAUCCGUAGUGUGUCAAGAGUAGCUGCUAAAGUCUCCAGAGCCCAGAAGCCCCAUAAAGUCAGUGUCAACGUCCGUCGAUCCAUCCACCAGGAAACACCCAAACCCGCCCAAGCAUUCGCAGCGCAACCCAUCAAAGACGACCUCCCAGCUGGUCGAUCCAUUUCCAAUCCCCAGCUCUCCUUCCCAUGUCUCGAUAGUGCCGAAGACCGGACUCGAAAGCUCGCCAGCAAACGAUCGCUCUCAGGACCCGAACCUUCCUACACCACCGGCAAACAUGAGACCUUUCAUUCUGCAGAGCCAAUGCUGCUCGAUUGGGGUGGGAUUUUGCCCGAAUUUGACAUCGCAUGGGAAGCGUGGGGGACAUUAAAUACAGACAAGAGCAACGCCAUCCUUCUACACACGGGAUUGAGUGCCAGCAGUCAUGCUCACAGCACCGAGACCAACUCCAAACCAGGAUGGUGGGAAAAGUUCAUUGGACCCGGAGCACCAUUGGAUACGGACAAAUACUUUGUCAUAUGUACAAACGUACUAGGAGGAUGCUAUGGAAGCACGGGACCAAGCAGUAUCGAUCCCUUGGGUGGGAAGCAUUAUGGCACCAGCUUUCCCGUUCUUACCAUGCAGGACAUGGUACGCGCUCAAUUCCGAUUGCUAGACGAGAUGGGCAUUCAAAAACUGUAUGCCAGCGUGGGCUGCAGUAUGGGAGGCAUGCAAUCGCUAGCGGCAGGUAUAAUGGACACGGAAAGAGUAGCACGAAUCGUCUCCGUCUCCGGGUGUGCACGAAGUCAUCCUUAUAGCAUUGCGAUGCGACAUACACAGCGUCAAGUUCUCAUGAACGAUCCCAAUUGGGCAAAGACCAGAGGCAAUUACUACACCAGUAUUCCACCACACACGGGCAUGAAGCUUGCACGUCAGAUUGCGACCAUCACAUAUCGCUCGGGACCGGAAUGGGAGAAUCGUUUCGGGCGUCAACGUGCAGAUGCGAGUAAACCGCCUGCCCUCUGCCCGGAUUUCCUCAUCGAAACCUAUCUGGACCACGCGGGGGAGAAGUGGUGUUUGGAAUACGAUGCAAACAGCUUGCUGUAUGUGAGCAAAGCAAUGGAUUUGUUCGACCUGGGUAAGGAGCUGCAAGAUGCCACCGCCAAUCGCCGACAAGCAAACGCCGACAAGUUGCAGGGGUCCUUCUUGGAGCAAGCAAAAGAAGAUCGGUGUACUUUGUCCAUUCCGGAUCAGCCGUACGAGGAGACCGAGUCUUCGGCGGACCUCAUGGCUGGGGAAGCAAAUCAAACAGUCUCUUCAGGUCCUCCUGAAGAUCUGAUCAAGGGCCUUGCGCCGUUGAGGGAUACGCCUACACUCGUACUGGGCGUUGCUUCUGAUAUUUUGUUCCCUGCUUGGCAACAACGCGAGAUUGCCGAGACGCUGAGAAGGGUAGGCAAUCGAAGCGUUACUCAUGUCGAGCUGGGUGAGGAUCGCAGUCUGUUUGGACAUGAUACCUUCCUGCUAGAUCUGGAGGGUGUUGGAGGAGAAAUCAGGCGGUUCUUGGGAUGA